GUGCUGAUGUGCUAUCUUACUAUUGGUCAUUAGUCUACCAAAGCUUACCUUGUCCGGGAAGUCUCGUGGGCGUGGGGAUGGGGUAGCCCUAGCGUCGGCCGCAAGCCAGUUGAUGAGCAAGUUUAGAAUGUAACUCCUGCCUGUGGCCCUUCCGGGAAGGUAUCUUCUGGUUAAGCUUCCAAAAUCAUACUUGUCUGUUUUCACUACUCUUGGAAAUGCAUUUCCGUUGCCUCACCGUUCUUACUCUACUCGUCUUUGCGAGUUUCCCAUCCUUCCAGGCACGCCCGAGAGAUGAACACCAUGAGCAGAACUUCAAAACCGCCUCGCCAUUUUCUAUCGCUCUUGAAGCCCUGCAGAAACAAAUUGGCUACACUUUUAAGAGUGUUGGUCUUCUUCGACGUGCCAUGACUCAUCCCUCAUACUCAGAGGAGAACAACAAAGCUUUAAGUAUCUUAGGUGAGAGCAUAAUUGCAACUUCAGUUGCUCUACGAUCACUUAGGAAAGAUGUUGAUACCUCCGCUGGUGAUUUGACCCGUCGCAUAAUGGAAGUUUCAAAAGUGGACUCCUCAUGUUCUGUUGAUGGGAUGCGGCUAGGAUUGGAGAAAGUGAUUAGGGUUUCCUCCAAGACGAAUUCAACGACUCCAAAGGUGGUUUGUGGUGCUUUGCGAGCAAUCAUUGGUGCUGUUGCUGUUGAUACUCAUGAGGCUGAUGCUGCAGGAAAUGUCUUCUGGAAUGUUCACGGGGAGGUUGGACGAGCCCUUUCCCAGUAAGUUUCUGCAUUAUUAAAAUCACCUCUGCUAUGGUACUGUCUCCUUUUAAAGGUUGCUGGUCCAAGGAGUCCUACCGUAUUACUUGCAUGUAUGUCUGAUGGUGGUUUUUGUUGUAUGUGAAAAACAAGAGACUUCAUAUUGCUGCGAGUCUGUACAGUAUCUAGUUUUGUGAGUGCUAUAAUCUACUUUCUCCAUUCAGGGUGCAUUUUAAUUUUCUCUUUUGUAUGUUUUUCAUAAUCUAAUAGUGUGUGUGAUUGUUGGGGGUCCUGUGGGGUUUUGUUCAGUAGACUGGAAUGAUGAGAGCUGAAAGCUUUGCAUUUGUAUCUAGUUUUGUGAUUGCUAUAAUCUACUUUCUCCAUUCAGGGUGCA